CAUCAUCAUCAUCAUCAUCAUCACAGCGUGGAGGAUAGAACAUGAGACGCACCAAGUCAAUCAAAGCAGCGAGGUGGACACAGCCCACAUACACACACACACACACACACACACACACACACACACACACACACACACACACAGAGCACUCUGUCAAAUCUACGUGUCCAGUGUAUUUGGUAGAUUCUCAAAUGGGAGUUUGUGUCAGCAGCCUCCAGCUCAUCACAAAGACAUGUUACAGGGUACUCCCUUCUGAAUUAGCCCUGCUAAGGCAGUGUAUCAAACCUCAGUACACAACAACACAUUUGUGUCCACAGUAAAGUUCUCAAAAGUGUGGAGUGAUGCUACCAACUGUUGGCAUUGAAUCACUGAAAACACUGGUCAUCAUGUUUACUCCUGACUACAUCAUUAUUUAGAGCAAUUUUUUGCACUUGCUUUGUCAGGCACUGCCGGAUUUUCAGGCUUCAUACAGAGUUAAAGUAGAUUGUGACAUUACAGCUGAGAAGUCAAACCAAACAAGACACAGGCAAUGAAUGACAGAAGGAGCUUACAGACAGUGAGAUCAGAACAGAGAUGAACUGAGGCUGUGAACUGGUCAGCUCAUCUCCUAACACACGCACAUUUUAACCAUGUGUAAGAUAUUCUUUCCCUGUCGCACCACACAUGUAAACAUAGCGGGACGACACCUGAAGAAACCUGAUUAGCUAUUAGCAAGUGUCUGAUGGCAUAUGCUAGCAGGUUAUUGCAUCAGCUCCCUUUACAGCUCUUGGAUGGACCCGCGUUAAAUGACAGAGUCGUCUAAAGACCUCCCUCUGAAGAUAAACUGAACUACACCUGUCCUGUGGGUCGAGUGGAUAUUUUCCAUGAACAUUUCACACCGCUACUUUAGUUUUAGCAUGUAAAGCUAACUCGACACAGCUAAGGAGGGCGGUCACUGCUGGCGGCUAGCCGCUAUCAUCAGAGGGUCCAGUCAGCAUGGAGCUGUCCCCCCCUCCCUCAGGUCUAGAAGCAGAGCACGAGACACUCUUCACCGCCGACUCCCUGCUCUUCCUCCACGAACUCAUCUCCACAUUUAAUGAGGAGGUGGAUGAGGUCCUGCGGUUAAGAGUGUCCAGAAAGGCCCACUUGGACCUGUCAGGUGAGCUGCCAAGCUUUCUGGAAAGUACCACACAUAUCAGGAGGGACCCGGCCUGGAGAGUGCUCCCUGUCCCCCCAAGGCUCCAGAGAAGACAUGUGGAUAUUGGGGAUCUGGCUCCCUGCGAUACCCAGCGCUUCGUUAAAGCUCUGCUGUCACCAGCACAAGGCAUACAGGUUGACUUUGACGACGGGAACUGCCCCACGUAUCAUAACCAGAUCAAAGGCCUCCAUAAUGUUUUGAAGGCGGUUCGUAACCUGUUCCCCGACGUUCCACAUAUAUCUCAGGCUCCGGUGCUGAUGCUUCGCCCCCGUGCCUGGAACAUGGUGGAGCACAACAUGAUGGUGGAGGGCAGGGAGGCUCCUGCUCCUCUCUUUGACUUUGGACUCCUCAUGUUUCACUGUGGAAGCACCCUGUUUGAAAACAGCAGUGGACCCUUUUUCUACCUCUCAAAGGUGGAAAGUUUCAUGGAGGCCAGACUAUGGAACAAGAUAUUUGUGUGGACACAACAGAAGCUCGGCCUGCCACUGGGCUGCAUCAAGGCGACGGUGCUCAUUGAAAAUGUCCUGGCAGCGUUUGAGAUGGAGGAGAUUCUGUACGAGCUGCGAGACCAUUCAGCGGGACUCAACUGCGGCAUCUGGGAUUAUUCUGCCUCCUUUGUCAACAAAUUUGGUCACAGGCAGGCCUUCUUGCUGCCCGACCGUAGUAAAUAUGUCAACAUGGAGAAGCGCUUUCUGCGCAGCUACAUGGACCUGUUGGUCCAGACGUGUCACCGGAGGGGAGCGCUGGCUACAGGAGGCAUGGCCGCCUUGCUGCUGCCUCCAGAUGCCCUCAGCGACUCCUACAGCAGAGUGUUGGCCACCGUCACCAGACUGAAGUUGCUGGAGAUCAAGGCAGGCGUGGAUGGCUUCAUGGUAUAUGACCUGGGUUUGAUAGGGCCCAUGCAGAAGCUGUUCAAGCUCCACACUGAGGGUGACAACCAGCUUCACCAGCUUCGUAGUGAUGUCACUGUGACCCCCGAUGACCUACUGUCCAUGCCUGCGGGAGGCGUCACCCUGAACGGUCUUAAGUAUAACAUUGCAGUUGGUGUCCUUUUUAUUAAUGCUUGGCUGGCAGGUAAUGGACACUUCUUCUACAGAGGCCAGGUUGAAGAUUCAGCCACGGCCGAGAUUUCCAGAUCACAGGUGUGGCAGUGGAUCCGCCAUCAGACUCGGCUGGAGGAUGACAGCAGGGUGGUGAGCAGGCGGCUGGUGACUGACCUCACCAACGAGGUCAUGAUGGAGCUGAGCGCUCGCUGUCAGUCUGCGAGUGCCAAACAGAAGUUAAGCACCGCAGCAGGCAUGUUCCUGGAGGUGGUCCUGAGGAGAGAUUUCCCAGAGUUCAUCACCACCUACCUGAAUCAGGACCACACCUUUCUCUGCUCGCUGAGCUGUGGACAAGCGGAGGCUUUGGACAAGGACACGCACCGGUCCAAACUAUGACGGUCCUGCUGGAACACUGAUGUUCUCCAUAUCACACUGAGGACUGGACUUUGACUUUUUUUUUUUUUUUAAUUUGCAACAGCCAACUUUUUUUGCUUUAACUUAUCAUUCAAGUAAAAAAUGUAAUGGCUGUAGACGAAUGACACCAUUCCUUCUAGUGUUACCAUAUAGGACCUUAUUCCAUGGAAAUAUUUGUGAGAGACUUGAGACGUCUACAUUUCUGAUCCUGUGUAAAUUGUGCCAUGAGUUGCACAGCAGCAGACUGGAGUGUGCUGUGACCCUGCUGUCUGAUGAUCCAAGUCUCAAAGAUGUAAUAAAGUUAAGUUGCACAUUG